GCGUCAGUAAGUGGCUGAAAUAUUCACUAACAAUCGGUUUACGUUUGCUGUUAUAUAUGUGUGACUGUGCUCGCUAUUGUAUUGCAGUAGCUUUUGACAUCGUGUUAAUUUUAUUCAUGUAUAUAAAUGUGACAACUUGUGAUAGUUUUUAGUCGCUAUUCAGCGACUAAACAAGUUUAACGCGUGUUUAUAUAUACGCUUUUGCUGGGUUCCUGAACGGAAAUAAAUAUAUCCGCGGAUCUCUGUCACUUGAUUGUGCGCUCCCGCUUGUGAUUGCUGAACAAUUGCAAAAUGGGAUCAUUGACAAGCAGGCAAAACGCUGGCGUCGAAGAAGUUGAUAUUAUCUCCAACCAUGCGUAUAAAUAUCCUCCGCGAUCCGGUUCUUAUUUUGGUAGCCAUUUUAUAAUGGGUGGUGAACGUUUUGACACACCUCAGCCUGAAGCCUAUCUCUUUGGAGAAAACGCUGACUUGAAUUUUUUGGGCAGUCGACCAACACCUUUUCCAUAUCCUCCACCACAACCCAAUGAUCCUACAAAAACAUUAAAGAGUUUAGUAAACAUACGAAAGGAAUCCUUAAGGUUGGUUCGCAAUAUGGACCAUAUGUCCACCUCUUCACAGUACCAUAAUGGUAAACAUUAUGAGGAUAUUGACAUCGACAAGAAACCCAAUCGUUUCAAUAUCGAGUUUGUGUUUGACUGCGACGUGAGGUGUGCCAUUACGAUAUAUUACUUUUGCACGGAGGAGAUCUCGACGAAGGGAGUCGCCUACAUACCACGAGACUCAUCCAUGAACUCGGAAACGUAUUAUUAUAAGAAAGGAGCGAAUCAAUUAUUCUCGCAAUCGACGCAUAUAUUUGAUCCAACGUUAUACAGUGAAGAGGACUUGAUAUAUAAUGCGGACAGAGAAAUUAUCCCAAUAGCUAUACAUUGUGUGGCAGAAGAAGGAUCGGACGAUCCCAAGCAAUCUCACACGACUAUAGCUGUGGUCGAGAAACAUUCUGACGGAACGUAUGUGCUGAAAGCCCUUAAACAGAAACUCUACGUCGACGGUCUCUGUUAUUUGUUACAAGAGAUAUAUGGAAUCGAAAAUAAGAACACUGAGAAUGCAAAGCAACAAGGUAGCGACGAGGACACCGAGGACAACGGCUCUGAGUGCGUUAUUUGCAUGUGCGACGUGCGCGACACGUUAAUCUUGCCGUGCAGACACUUGUGCUUGUGCAACGGAUGCGCUGAUUCCUUGAGAUACCAAGCAAACAAUUGUCCGAUAUGUCGCGCGCCGUUCCGAGCGCUUCUGCAAAUUAGAGCUCUGCAAAAAGCAACCGGUACGAUUAUAUCCAAUCCGCCAUUACCAGAAGGCGGCUGCGAGAAUAUUCCAUCGGGCUACGAAGCGGUAUCUCUAAUAGAAGCUUUGAAUGGGCCCUAUACUCCACGAACCGCCAUCAUCGCGCCAGAAUCUCCGGACACGCCCGAUACAGAUACAGCGAGUGCUAUUCAAGCCGCUGAAACCUUAAAUCGCUCGGCCGAACGUACACCAGUUUCAAAACACAUAUCUGUUAAAGAAGUCGAUAUGUCGGCCAGAUCCAGCACCGCUUGUCCAACCCCUGAAUUCCAAAUGUCCGUUUUAUUGGUUAGAGACGAACAUUCGGGCUCGCAAAAGGAACUGCACAAUAGAUCGCCAGCGAUGCGAAUCAAAUCGAUACAUUCGCGCGAUAAAUCUAGCUUAAGAGCGCGCGACACACUGAGAUUGGUCAACGAGGAGAAACCAGCUUCUUCAUACGAAAGCCAAGGGCAAGACGAAGACAGCGAAGCGGAGAGAUUGUCACCGUUGUUGGAUGCAGCCACAAGCACUGAGACAUCGGACAUACAUUCCCAUAGAAUAUGCGACAUCGAUAUGGACGAUGAGAUUCAGAACACGGAGAACCUAAAUGACGCGGAAAUUGAUUGCCACUCGUAUUAGGAAACAGUCGAGAACGUAUUUUUACAUAUAGUAUAUAUCAUUGUUAAGUUUCGUAUCAUUUAAAUGAUCUUUUAUCUUUCGUGUAAAUCGCGUAAGUAAAAAUCGUGUUAUUUAUUGGAAGACUCUAGACUGCUCGCUGCGGCUGUAAUUUCGGUUCGUUAAAUCGUAAGUGAAGAAAGAUCCACAUGAAACGUGUGAUACGUGGAGCCACUUCUUCUGAUAUACGGUGCAUAAUGUAAUGAUCAUCUUUCUUUUUAUCUGUCUCCCUUUAACAUAAUCUAUCACGGUUGCAGUGAUUGGCCCAGAAUCUCAAUACAAAGAUAUUUUCUAUUCUGUACAACUUACCAUUGUAAAAAAUUAGGAAACACGAAGAAAUUAUAUUUGUUACAAUUUCUUAUGCUUUAAUUAACCGUUAGAAUUGAGAAUAAUAUGUAUGCAUGUGUAUACUUGUCAAAUUGUGAAGACUGGGACAGUACUUGUAAAGGAUAAAAUGUUGUGGUGUAGCAUUUUUUAGACGGUAAAAUGUAAAAUUAUAUAUGGAAUUAAUCUACGUGAAAAUUAACAUUAGAUAAUAAAGGUGCUUCCAUUUUA